AUGGUUUUGAUCAAGGCUGCCGGAGUAGCCCUCUUGGCCACCAUUGCAUCGGCGGCGCCCUCCUCAUGGAAGGACAAUAUUAAGAACGUUGUUGUCCUGGUUCAAGAGAACAGAUCCUUCGAUACUCUUGCUGGAGGAUUCACCUAUAGCAAGGAUAUCGAUGGUAUGGUUGGAAGACUUUUCUGCAACCCUCUGAACGUCAGUCAUCCACUUCAAAACAUCAUCUGCUCCGACAAGUUGGCCCCCGCCAACGAUAUCGCUAACGACGAUCCCAACCACUCUGUCACCGGCACUUCCUUCGGUCUGUACAGUACCUACCAUCCCAAUGAGGAGCUCAUCAAGAAGGGCCACCUCGAGCCCAACCUUCUCGGUUUCCUUACCGAGCAACAGGUUGCCAAUGGCCAUCCCGGUAAUGCCACUCGUGCUUCCGAAAUUUUGAACUACUACACUGCCGCCCAUAUCCCUGUCUUUGAGGAUAUGGCCAAGAACUAUGUUCUUUUCGACAAGUGGUUCUGUGAUGUUCCCGGUCCCACUAAUCCCAACCGUGCCUAUAUUACCUCUGGUACCAGCCACGGUCACGGUUCCAACGAUGCUGGCUUCGACUAUGGUGGUCUUCCCCAAAAGUCCAUCUUCCAGCAAUUGUCCGAGAAGAAGAUCUCUUGGAUCAACUACUCCAACUCCUCCGGUAAUGCUGCCGGUUAUAUUAAGCCUGGACAGCCCAUUACAGGUUUCAACCCUGAUUCCAUUUUCUACAACUGGACCAUUGCCAGUGGAGCCAUCGACACCAACGUCAAGGGCAUCCAACACUUCUUUGACGACGCAGCAAGCGGCAGUCUUCCUUCUUUCAGCUAUAUCAACCCUGAAUGCUGCAGCUACGACUCCAUGCAUCCUCCUUCUCCUAUCAGCUUGGGUGAGAGCUUCCUUAAGAGCAUUUAUGAAGCUCUUCGUGGUGGACCUCAAUGGAAUCAGACUCUCUUCGUUCUUACCUUCGACGAGGGUGGCGGCUUCGCUGAUCACGUCUUCCCUCCCGUCAAUGUUCCCGCGGGUGAUAGCUUGACCUACACUGAAUUGGCUCACGAUGGAAAGAACGCUACCUUUGACUUCACUCGUCUCGGUGUCCGUGUCCCCACUAUCUUGAUGUCUCCCUGGGUCGGUCAGGGUAUCAUUGAACACGAAGGCAAGAACAAGGGUCGCACCUACUCUCACGCCAGUAUCCCCGCUUUCCUUGCUGAACUCUGGGACCUUGACAACCUUACUCCUCGUACUGCUUGGUCUUCCACCUUUGAGCACUUGUUCUUGAGCAAGCCCAGAACUGACACUCCCGCCACCUUGCCUUCCGUUAACACCUUUUAA